UAAGGAACCGAUAACUCGCAAACCCAUCAAAACAAAACAAAAAAAUGCCAUCAGGCAAACCUUCUUCUUCUGUCUUCUCAUUACAUCCCAAACCAACACCAUUAAAACCUUCAAGCAGCACCAGCAACAACAACAACACCACAAACCAAGCAUGCGCGGCUUGCAAAUACCAACGUAGAAAAUGUGCUCCUGAUUGUCUUCUCGCUCCUUACUUCCCUCACGACCGUCACCGACAAUUCCUCAACGCGCAUAAGCUCUUUGGUGUAAGCAACAUCACCAAGAUCAUCAAAGACCUUAGCCCUCCUGAUAAAGACGCCGCUAUGUAUACAAUCAUGUUUCAAUCCGAUGCACGUGCCAAUGAUCCCAUCGAAGGAUGCUAUAGCAUCAUUAGAAAGCUUCAGUACCAGAUCGAAUACUCAAAAAACGAGUUGGAGAUGGUUGUUCAGCAAUUGGCUGUGUUCCGUAAUCAUCAUCAAGAACCGCAUAUUCAGAUUCAAGAACCUGAGGAUCUCUCUAGUUUUUCGAGUUCUUGUGAUCUAAACAACAACAACAACUCGAUUCCUUACAGCUACCCUCUUCACCAUGUCCAAGAACCAAUUCAGCAGCAACAAGAACAACAACAAUAUUGUUCCUCUGGAAACUUUAACGGGUUACAAGAAGACAUGUGGUGUCUUCAACUUCAAGAUUCAUCAACGACGGUGAAUAUGAAAGGUGGCUUCAUUGAUGAAUGUGAGGACAUUAAGCCUGUGGAAGAGGUUUCUAGUGAAACACACGAGUUCGAGCAUCAUCAUGAUGGUUUGGUUGAAGAACCAUACAUCAUUUCUUCUUAGCUUUUCCUUUUUCUUUUGGUCUGUUGGACUUUUAUUAUUUUCUUGAUUUUAGAAUCAUUUUUCUAGGGCUAACAAAAUCUCCUUUCGCUGAUCGAUCUUAAUAGUUAUUUUUUAACCAAAUUUAUUUUCUUCUGGAUUUUUUUUUGUAUUUCAUUUGGUAAAAUUUGUAUUAGAUGUGAAAGAAACAUGGAAUCUUCAAGAUAAAUGUUAAACAAGAAUUUGAUGGAAUAAAACACAUUUUAAUG